AGCUGAAUUUUCCAAAUUCCAUUCUGCUGUGAAGCGUGGUGAUAUAGAUGGCAUCACUGGAUUUCCAGGGAAAACUAAGAGAGGGGAGCUGAGCAUCUUCCCGAAAUCAUUCAUUGUAUUGUCUCAUUGUCUUCACAUGAUGUCAAGGCAAAAAGCAGGUCCUGAUGCCAAUAUGAAGAAAACUGAAAUCUGAAUCCCAGGAAUGACGAGGAACCCUGAAGCAUAUGUUUUAAAAUAUCAGGAAACACGAUAUCGCCAAUGUCAUCUUGAUUUGAUGUUAAAUUUGGAGGUUCGUCAAAUAUUCAAGACCAGAGCUAGGAUCAUUUCCCAUAUUAGAAGCUUUCUUGACAACCUUGGUUUUCUAGAGGUAGAAAAACCCAUGAUGAACAUGAUUGCUGGUGGAGCAGCUGCGCACCCAUUUGUGACACAUCACAACAAAUUGAAUAUGAGGCUGUACAUGCGUAUUGCACCUAAACUCUAUCUCAAGGAGUUAGUAGUUGGUGGACUGGAUCACGUUUAUGAAAUAGGAAAACAACUUAGAAAUGAGGGUAUUGAUUUAACUCACAAUCCUGAGUUUACAACCUGUGAAUUCUACAUGGCUUUUGCGGACUAUAAUGACCUGAUGGAACUCACUGAGAAAAUGUUAAGUGGGAAGGUCAGGGAACUUACUGGUGGCUAUAAAAUCAAAUAUCAUACAAACGGGCUUGAUAAGGAGCCAAUUGAGAUUGAUUUCACUCCCCCUUUAGGUUUGUGGAUAAUAUUCUCUUACAAUGCAUGAUCAAUUUCAUUAAUCAGAGAGUAAAUGUGAAAUAAAUUUACUGCCUAAUUGUCCAGGAGGAUUGACAUGAUAGAGGAGUUGGAGAAGAUGGCUAACCUCAAUAUACCUAAGGACUUUUCUAGUGAUGAAACAAACAAGUAUUUGGCAGAUGCAUGUUUGAGGUUUGACAUCAAGUGUCCCCCUCCUCAAACCACAGCACGUUUACUAGACAAACUUGUGGGUCAUUUUCUGGAGCAGAUUUGUGUAAAUCCCCCUUUCAUCAUCAACCAUCCUGAAAUAAUGAGUCCUCUAGCAAAGUGACACAGAUCAAAGCCAGGGCUAACUGAACGUUUUGAAUUGUUUGUUAGCAAGCAUGAACUCUGCAAUGCAUACACUGAAUUGAAUGAUCCCGUUGUCCAAUGUCAAUGCUUUGCUGAGCAACUGAAGGAUCGACAAUCAGGUGAUGAUGAAGCCAUGGCUCUGAACGAAACAUUCUGUACUUCCCUUGAGUAUGGGUUGCCUCCCACUGCUGGUUGGGGCUUGAGUAUUGAACGACUAACAAUGUUGUUGACAGAUUCACAAAAUAUCAAGGAGGUUCUGCUAUUCCCAGCAAUGAAAUCUCAAAGAAGAACCUUCUGCUAAAGACUCCAAAUUCAUUUGUCCACUACACUAUUAUACCAGUAGCCUGUAGCAAACAGUUGGUACUUAAUCUGUACGUGACAGCGCCAACUCCAGCACUGUAGGAAGUUCAGGAGACGCCAAAGCCUGGGGUUCUGUUGAACACUGUGCUAUAAACUAUGGAUUUAUGGGAUCAGCAUUUUUAACUUUAUCAUGAUUGGAUCUUAGAGUUUUGAACGUAACCCUUUCAUGUUGGGGUAAUUUCAAAAAUACAAGAAUUUAUUCCAUAUAUGGCAGACAUUUCCUUCUUUUUUUUUUCACUUCACAGACCCUAAAUUUGCCUUCA